AUGUUAUUUCAAACAGUCUCCUCCAUCGCCAUUUUGGCCCUUGCCGGCCAGGCUAUUGCCGAACCCGUGCGCCAACCGUAUAAGUUAAAGCUCGCCCGCAUGUCAGCAAGAAGUAUCUUCGGUCUCGACCGCCGCGGCGACGAUGGAUAUUCUCCCGAGCAGCAAUUCUGUAGCUCUGGAGAUACUUGCGCCGAGGCCUGUGGUAAAGGCUUUGAUCAAUGUCCUUCGAAGGACGGUGUCGUACAUUGCUUCAACAAAGCCGGCAAUCAGACUUGUUGUCCCGGUCAAACCGGAGAUUCUUGUGAUCAGGGCUACUUUUGCAGUGCCGAUGAUAAAGGCAAUACUUGGUGUUGUCCCGACAGCAUGACUCUUAAGCAGUGCGCUGCGGCUUACAGCCUUCCCGGGUCCCUUAUAGUGCCUACCCCUACUCCUACUCCUACACCCAAGCCAACAUCCUCGACAAAUGCAUCCGCGACUAAGAGCGCUACUUCACUUAAGAUUGUUGAAAGCGCUCCCUCCAGUGGGGAUUAUGGGUCCACGGCUACUGAGCCACCGAGCAGCUCUGCGACCAGCACUGCUGUUCCCAAAGCUACGUCCUCAUCAUCAUCGCCUUCGCCAACGCCCCCUGAUAAUGGUAUCGUCGCCGCGAGUAGCAACGACAUUCACGUUCCUGUGAGUGGCGCGAUGCUCCUUGCCGUGGCCGCCUUCGCCGCUCUUUUGUAA